CACCUCGAAUUUGAAUUUCGAAUUUUCCUGCGAUGUCGAAAAACGUUUUCGAUUAGAUUUGUGUUUUCGGACGGACUGGUGAAAUGUGGAUUUUGGUGCAUUUGGAUUUUAUGAGUGACAAUAAAGUAUUGUGAUAGCGGAUUUUGGAAGACGUGUAACCACCGAUCCGAAAUGUUAAAGUGGGCCGUAUACAGUAAGAAGAACCAAGAAGUUCAAAGUAAGAAUGAAGCGGAGGAAACUAAGCCAUACGCGGCCAAGUCUUGCGCUGACACAACCAGAAGAUCUCUAGAUGCACAGACCGUCAAGAGAAGUAAAAAGCCAAGCAGAUAUCAAAGAAGGUCACUAGGUGCCGCCGCUAGAAAGAACAACAUAAGGAUUGCUGAUAAGGAGAAUUUCAAUUGUGUAGGCAACACUCCUAACCAUUUUAGGGAGGGUUUUGUCAAAAAAGCAGACAUCGGUGCUUUAAAAGAUGUGAGCAACAUUACUCCGACUUCUGUGACACCAAUUUUAGAGAGACGUAAAUAUCUGUUCGCCAAUAUCAAAGAUGAUCUUCUUUCUGAACUUCCUCCUACCCCUCCCACGUACAGUAGAAGAGUACGAGAAGCGAAGAAACGCAAACUAGAAAUGUCGAUCAGUAAUAACAAUGAGGUAUUCACUAGAAACAGUUGUACCUAUAAGUCGGAGAGAAGAAUCAAUCCCGAUAGAAGCAUUUCUCUGAGUUCAAAAUUAAGUCAUAGUGUAUCGGAACCAUCUUUGCAUGAUUUGACAGAAAGAUUAAGUGCUUCUUCAAAUAGCAGUAAAAGUUCAACGUCAUUAUCAAAACAGCCUUUUAGUAAAAAUCCUAUAAGUACGACAGAAACUGCAAGGGAAGGAAUAGUUGAAAUUGAGUAUGACAAGGACGUGGUCAUCAAUUGUGUGGAAAAACCAGUUGUAGAAGAAGCUGCUGUCGAAAUGACUACCUUACCGAUAUUCGGCCACCACGUCUUUACGGAACAUCCAUUUUAUUUCAAGAAAAUGGGUGAAGGGCCGCCUGAUAUACGACCUUUGAAGAGAACUAGGAAAAAGUCCUGUGAUUUUGAAAGUUCCUUCAAGUCGCCGUCUAUAGAUAAGAAAGAUGUACAUAGUUUAAUAAGAGACGGAUGUUCGCCUGUAUCUAUAACUCCAUUAUCGACUAAGCUAGCGGCGCUAAGGUUUAGUGCAAUGAGUACCCAUACCAAAUCACAGAGGAUAGUUAAUAGUGCUGAUGUUACAGAGUUUUUUCCUAAAGUAGAUCCGUUCAUUCUUCCUGUCAAAGAUGAAGAAAGUUCUACUGAGAUGGAAAACAAAUUUAUUUUAGCUAAAGAUUCAAUUUCCAAUGUAACCGAAUCCACUUCAUCGACGACACAGAUGGGUGAUAUUACGUUGGAAAAGAUGAUAGAAGAUAUUAUAAAGAGUACUAAGAUAGUUAAAUCUAAGAGACGUAUACUUAAGAAGGAAGCAAAGGUAGAAGAAGAAGAUGUGAUACCAACAUUGGAAGCUGCCAAAGAUCUUUUUGUUAAACCUUGUUCCGAAACCAAAAGUAAUUUGAUAAAGGAAGCGCGAUGUGUGAAUUUAUCAAGAGAAAACUCUUUGUCACCUAAAUCAACACCAGUGAAAAAGCGAAUGCCUAUUCAUAGGGUAAACGAAAAGCUUUUAAAGAAUGUCCCAAUAGGUGGUUUUAUUUUAGACGAUGGAGAUGGUUACAAUGAGCGUGAAGUAAUAACACCUGACAUUGAUGUUAACAAUAGAGAUUUUACCACAUUAUGUAGAUCGCAAUCUAUGAAACCCACGACAACAAUACGUAAAAAUAUGGAAUCUACCAUAUCAGAGUCUACUCCAGAUCUUUUUGCAGCUACAGACUUUAAUAAUGUGAGAUUACGUAGGCAAAGGUGUAUAAGAAGGAAGAAGUCCACCGUCAGUAACGAAAGUAUAUGCAAACUAAAGGAUUUAGAAAAUAAAUCUUCUUUAGUUCUGACACUAGAAAUGGGAAUACCUAGUCCGCUUGCUGAAUUACAGGAUGUUUCUUUAUGUGAACCUCUAAGCAUUCUUUUGGACGUCCCCAACGAUGCAAAUCUAAAUCAAUCUCUUCAGAAUGUAUCGCAUAGUAGCUUGAAAUCUCUUCAAAAUAGAAGAUCUAGAGAGCUUUUUGGACUCACAUUAGAUAAUGGUAUACCAAGUCCUAUCACCCCAGUUCCUAAUCUCAAAAGACCUAGCAUGAAUAUUCUAAGUGACGAACGGGCAAAUAAGACCAGCAAGCUAGGCGAAGAUCUUCUCGCUAACGACAUAACGACUCCUGUAAUAGAACAUAGGUCCUCGAGACGCUGUCUCACUUACUCACCAGAGGAGAGUAGUAUAAACAGCAGCGAGGAAAAGAGACGGAGUGUCGCUAGUAACCGUUUGGAGAGAAGUACGGAUAGGUUUGCAGCUCCGAAAGGGACGAUAGAUCUGGAGAUAGAGACAAGAAAUAAUGUCAUAGACGUGCACGUAAUAAGAUGCAAAGAUCUGCAGCGGUCUUCAGGGAAAACGGAUGACAUCAACGCGUACGCAAAGGUGGUCAUCAGCGGUGUAACAGAGAACCAGUCCCUGCCCUCUCAGAGGUCGAUAUUCCAGCGUACCUCGGUGCUGUACGGCAAGAGGGAACCGGAGUUCCAGAGGCAUCUGCGACUACCCCUCCCCACCGCGGUAUACGACCACCAGAUCCUCCAUGUGUCUGUGUGGCACAGAGAUAAGAAGUACCGGAGGAGCGAGUUUCUAGGAUGUGUCUCGUUCCCUCUGAAAGAUGCUAUUAAGAGCGACAUUAGCGGCACCUACUUCCUGCAGAGCUCCGGCCGCCAGGACUGCGCCCGCGUGACCAAGAUGGCCACCGACAACACUGACACUAGCACCAACGAUGGCGCCAAGGAUAUUACUGAUAAAGGAGCAACGUCAAACGGGCCGUCAUCUCAAGGUGGGCAGGUAACCGCGGCAUUACAGAGGGAGGCAGAUGAACACCUGUUCCUGAGGUACUUGGAGCUAGACCCACCGGAGGAUCCAGCCGCACCACGACGACAGCAGAGACAAGGCCGAACACCGUUCACUAGUACCAGAAAAUUGGUACGCGGUACGGGCGGCGGAUUCGGCUUCACGGUGGUGUGGACUCGACCGCCGCGGGUGGAGCGAGUGGCAGCGGGCGGGUCGGCCGAACGCGCCGGCCUCAGAGCUGGUGACUACAUCGUCUUCGUCGGCAACAAGAACGUUGUUACUUCCACCGAGGAAGAAGUCCGGAGUCUUGUGAAAUCCGCCGGCCAGAACCUGAAUCUCGAGACGUUCAGGCGAGUUCCACAAAAUGGCGUCGGUAUCAGGACACGAUUGGCACAAGUUACGAUACCGUCAGCGCCAGACUCCACGCCCCCUCCGCCCAGAUCCCCAAGAACUGCCAUGGCGUCUCCAGCCACCGCCGCGAGACCACCCACCGCCUGCUCCUCCACCAGCCAGAGCCUGGACAGACGCAAACUGCACCUGCCUCAAGUGACGUUCUCGAAAGAGCAGGCGGUGAGCCUAACGACGGACGGUCGGAAGCGCGCGUUGCUGGCGGUCGUGACGAGGGAGCAGCACUACGCGACGUGCCUGCAGUUCGGGCUGGUGCGGUUCGUGUCGCCGCUGGCGGAACGCGCCGACCUCAUCGCGCCGAGCGACCAUCAGCUCCUGUUCCAGAAUAUUGAGGAGAUCUUCAGGUUAUCAGAGGAUAUAUUAGAUCAAGUCGUCCAAGACGACGGAGAAAUUCAAACGUCUACAGUAGUUGCUGUGUACUUACAGAAGACUCCUGUUUUCCUCAGCCUGUACAAAAAAUAUUGUCUAGGCCUAAAACGAGCGGACUGUGUUUUGGUAAAAAAAUCCAAAGACUCAAGCGGGGCGUUCUCCCGCUUCUGCACUAGUCCACCGAUACCUCGGAGAAGACCAGACAUAACGUCACUGGUCCACAAACCGUUGGAACAAUUUAGAGAGCUACUCCGGCUCAUGAGAACUGCCGCCAGUGCCACUGGUUCUGGACCUUACGAUCAGCUUGAGAAGAAACAGCUGCAAGUCAUAGUUGAACAACUACAGACUGUAUACCAGGAUGUGACUGCUGGCUCGGGACUGAUGGGGCUAGCAGGAGACGGAAAACCGUUGCUGUCGGUUGCUGACCUCGAGAGUCGACUAGUGUUCACUAGAUGUAAGCCGUUUGUUCUAAGUACUGGAGGCAGGCAGUGGAUAUUUGGAGGAGAACUGUCGAGGGUGGAGGGGAGGACUGUGAGACCCUACUGGGCUCUCCUGUUCACGGAUCUUCUAUUGUUCGCGACCGUGUCUAGGGACAGGGUGCUGUUUGUUACGGAGGAGCCGGUGGCAUUAGCUACGGUUUCAGAAGCCCAAUUUAAUAUUAGGAAAAAAGCUACGGAGUUUCGGCUCCUACUCGGCCGUCCAGGAGGGGAAAGUCCAUUAGUGUCUUGCUCGCCGCGUACACCUUCCAAAGCUCGGCCAAUUGUACUCCGAGCUCCGUCAGUAGACCUCAAAGCCGUGUGGCAGAGCUUGUUGCAAAGACAAGUAUACCGAGCACACACGAUGUCCGGCACGCCACUCGGUUCACCGCUCGACUCCCCGGACCCACAACUGACAUUCAGCCUGGCGACCCUGGACUCCCAGCAACGUCAGAUGCGGCGGAGUUCUGCCGAAACGCAAACAAACGCGGGCGGUAGUGCUACAGAAGCCAGAAGUACGAGGAGUCGGGGCUCAACACUACACCUACAAAGAUGGAUGACACAGCUGCCAGAAGCUGAAGAAUUAGAUCCACCCGAACCUGACAUGGAGACGUGGAGUGUGGAUGAGCUAAGAAAAAGGUCAAGGGAGUUGAACUUACUAGAAGUUGCUGAGCUUGUUGAAAACAAAGCGGCAUCUGGCCCCAAAGACACAUCUCCUCCUGAAAAGAAGGAAAAUGACCGAAGUCCAUCCAAAAGCAGUAAUUCUGGUAGUCAAAUUACUGUUCGAACUAGCCCAGUUGUUGUAGAUACGAUACCAGUUUGUAGGCAAUGUCACAAAAAAUGCUUGUCCAAACCAAACAGUCCAUUAAUAUCACAAAAAGAACCAGAAAUACCUCCCAAACCAAAACUCGAGCCGUCACCACAGAAUUCCCAAUCCAACAAAAGUUCCACAAGUUCAUGUAGUAUAAGUUGUAAUAAACGUAAACAAAAGUAUUUUUGUCAUUUAGAACGUAAGGGUGCUAUGAAAAUUCGUCCCGAAGAUGCCCCAAAGGCUGCCUUAAAGGUUAUAGAUUCAAUUAGCCAAAGCCAAAGAAUGCUUAAGUCUAAAUCUUAUGACCUAAAGACUGAUCCCUUGGUCUUAAAUAAAAGUAUAUCUAGGAGUCAUACGAAAAGUCAGUUGGAGCUCAGAAAGGAGAAUUCGAUAAUGUCACCUAGUCCAACAUCGAGUAGUCGAAACAGUCCGCUAUCCACUAGUCACACUACUUGCAGUUCAAUGGUUUUUAAUUCUAGUUCAAAUGAUUUAAGAAUAUCUAACUCGAGCAUACCGAACCAAGUGCAAUGCGUCAUUGCCCAAGAGAAAUAUAUCAAUGAAGUGAAGUGUGUAGAAAAUGUUACAUUACCGAGAGCUAAAACACAUCCAUCACCUACUAGUAUUAAAAAAGAAGAAAUUACACGAAAAAAGGCAGAAUUUGUCCUCAAUAAAGUAUUGGGUAUGAAUAUAAUAGCUAAGAGAGAAAAUGUAGGUACGUGCUUAAGGACCUCAUCAGUAUUUUUAGACGAUGACUCAAUACAUGAAGAUGAACCUGAUUUCAAAAUAGAGAGGGGUCUCCGAAGAUCACCUAGGAUGGGAAUCUCUGCCAUAAGCAAAAUGAAUGGGGACCUAAGUAAAAGCAGUGAAACUGCGGAAGAAGUAAAUACAAAUUCAACUGACGUCCUCUCAGAUGAGGAUUCAGAACUGGGUCCUCUUAUGCUAAUGGGCCUUUCUGCUAUAAAUCCAGCUGCUCAUCUGAUGAGGGUAGAGCCGUUCAAACGAAAGGCAGUUACUUCUACCACAGCAAGUCCCAGACCUGGAAGUCUAGCUUCGAUAAAAUCUGAAUCACCCGUCCCUAAUAUAGCAGUCGUGCCACCGACACCCGACUAUAAUUCUAAAAAUAAGACUGAUGAACUAGUUGAUGAAUCUCCUGACUCACCUGAUAUUCCAGAUGACCUUCCUUAUGUUACUUUAAAGAGGUACGGCACAAUGUCUAGUCUGGAGAGGCUGCCUUCAGAUGAGACUGACGAUGGUGAACUAAGACUGAAUCCCCAAGAAGCAGAGGCGUCAAAAACUCUAAGUACUGUAACUAGCGCUGCUGGAGGACUGAUGGGCUGGACCGCUCGAGCAGGAUCGUUCGUUGUGGAGAAGAUUAAUAUAUUCAGUCACACUGAGGCUGUGCCAAAUACUUCUGUGGCACAUAAACAGCCUUCAUUCUUGGAACGGUGUCUUGGCGUGAGUGACUGGAAGUCUGCAAUCGGAACAGAAGAGGGUACAGUCGAGACAGGAGAGGGGAGUGGUGCUAGUGGGGAAGAAGCUUGGGGUACCCCUUCCUCGGGAGAUCUUUCUGACAAUCUUCCAGAUUCUGAACACGGAACGCUCUCGUCCCCGACAAAAUCAUCGUCUUCAUACGCAGGCGAUGAUGAUACAGAGCUAAUGAUGGAUGAGCUCCUAAUGGCGCCAACUUUAACUGGUCCAACUACACUUAGGCCGCUUUUGCCAAGGGAUGUCUUUAGACGAAGACUGGAACCUCUUUUAGAAGAAGAAUUCUCCGAAAGUGGAAGUGACGACAACAAGACCACACCUACUAACUCUGACGACCAGGACAGCGGGCGUGGCCUCGAUGCUGACGACUGUUGCGACGCGCCGCACCCACCGCCCUCUGCUUCCGAGUCCGAAGCAGAGGACGGUGUGUGCGGCGUGGGGCCCACAGCCCGUGGCGAGGAACUCGCUGGUGGAGACGAGGCGGAGCUGAGUCCAGACCGGACACCCACCAACGAGGCGCCCUUGAUGCCCUUACAAUCUGUUUCAAGAGAGUGUGUGGAGCGAGCAUCUGUUGGCGGCGGCCGGCGGGGCUCGGCCAGUUCGGCCAGCACGCCCUCCACACUCGAACGUACCACAAUACAGAACCCGACUCCUCUUCAUCAGCUGUCACCAGCUUCGGAACAACCACCAGCACCCGACUGCUCACAGUCGGAGGAGGGAAGGCCGCGCUCUCCCGAGCGCCUCAGCCCCCGAGCAGAGAUGAGGCUGGCACUGGACCAGGGGAAGGACAUGCUAGCGGACCAAGAGGUGUCAUGGGGUGGCGGGUCCGACCCCUGGUCGUUUCGCGCAGCGUGUCAGCGGUCGCUGGCGAGGCGGGUCGCGAGCGCGGACGCAGUGACUCUGUGCCGCCGCACCGGCCCGCAUACUACUUCGCGCAAUUCUGUAUAUGCCUGGAAACUUCCAGAAAGCGAAACGAAACUUAUGGAGAUGGAGCAGCUGGCACGAGCGGAAGUUCAGAUGAUGCGUUCGCGGACGCGCUCUCAAUGCCAGAACGGGAAGAUAAUGGGUUUCCUGCGUCGUCGGGCAUCUUCCGAUAGCCCCCGCCGCGAGCCGUUCGACCCAUCGAUAGCGCGGCCCUUCUCCCCGCGCCGGACUACAGAAAAGCAACAUCUGGAAAAGCGCUUUUGGAAACAAGUGAAUAGAAGAAGACAGUCGUGCGGUUCUAUAAGUCAAAUAUGAGAUACCAAGAAACUAUAAACGACAGUUAAAGUGUUCAUAGAAAUUGUAAUGCAUGGUAUACGUAGACGUACAUAGAAACAGUAGUAGAAGUGAUUUUAUUGAUCGGGACGUAACAUCCAUUUUGGUUUGUCGUUGUGUGGUGUGAUAUCAAAUUAACUGAAAGAAGUAAGUGCAACGGAUGGAUGCCAAAAGAGAUCUCAGGAUAUGCCAAAUAAAGAUGAAAGGGACCUGUCAUUAAAUUCAUAUCUUAGGUAGAAACUAAUUCUCGAUCUAACCUUGUAGAUAGUAUAUAACUUAUAAGGCCUAAUUGUUAUCGUCUGAAGUUUCUUCGACGUAGAUGUAAAUAUAGAUCGUAGAUAAGCAUUUCAUAAGGCUUGAUUUUCUAAUUGUUUCACUCUACUCUUAUAAAACUGUUGCCUAUUUGUGAAAUCUUUUCAAUGUAACUGUUGAUUCUAUUUCAUAUGAAUGUUAUGUGUUUUCUAAGCAAAUAUUAAGUGAUAUACGUAAUUCUUAGUAAAUCUUGUCGCACACUAAGGUUACGGGUAAUUUAAGAUAAUCGGCCUAAAAUCUGUAAAAUAGCCUUAAAUUGGGUGUGUCAAUGUAUGACUGUAAUUUAAAACUAUUGAUGUUGCGUAAAACGCGGUCUCAUUAAAAAAACUUUAGCUAGUUUACACAUAAAAUACGGAUCUGUCGAAAAUUUUCUAACUUAUUAAUAUUAUUAAUUUAUAUUAAUAUCAAUUUGUAUUUGCAGAUGCUUUGAAUAAUUUAUUAACGUACUUACACUACUAAUUUCAUUAGUAUCAAGAUACUUUGGUAUCAAGAAAACUUUGCUACUUAGACUUUUUAGGGUGUACCAAAGGGUUACGUUUUGGGACCGCUUUUAUUUUCUGUUAACAUUGAUGAACUGUUUCUUGUUUUAAAAUUAGAAAAAUAUAAAAGGCAUAUGCUCGAAUUUAAUAUUUACCUUACUAAAUGUAAUGUAGGUAUUGUUAUUACG